AAGACGCUGUGGAGUGUCUGCGCAAUACCUGAGUUGCAGCCUGAGACUUAAAGCAGGCAAGGCAGCAGGAGAGAUCGAGUUUGCUCUGCUGUCCUGCGGUCCUCCCGUGUCUGGACCUUGAUCUCGGGUUUAUGGGUGCAUGUGGUGUGGGCAGUCUGGUUACAGUCUGGAUUAACUUUGGUCUGAGCAUGAACCUUUUGUCCUUGAGUCAGGAGGGCGUUGUGGUUAAAAUGGGGGUUCCUUUCCAAGCGAGCGCUAGGGUCGGUGUUCCUGGUGCACCGCAGAACAGGGCGUGUGGCUGGAGGGACUUAACAUUCACCAUUCUGCGCUCUUCGGCUGUGCAGCCCUAAUGUGGAAUUAGCAUAAUUGGCAGCUGGCUUUUUAAAGAGAGAAGCCGGUUUUAAGGAGAGAAACUCCACCUGGGCUGCCCUCCGUACUCUCAGAACUCCCCCACUGAACCUUCCCUGUGCCUCGCCUCUGUCCGACGAGGGCGGGGAGCAGAAUCCCAGCGGGGUGCGCUGUUCGGCGAGGGAGGCCGUCCCGGCGUGGGCAGGGCGCUCUUUCUUUAAGACGGAGGGAGGGCGGGGCCCAGGCGGUGAGUGACAGCUGGCCCAGGAUCAUGUGAUCCGCCCGUAUUUGAAGGUCGCAAAAAAGCUGCUUCCUUCAGAGAGAGCAAGAGGGAGCGAGAGGGAGGGAGCGAGAGGAGAGAGCGAGGGAGUGCAGCCAAAAUGGCCGACGGACCGUCUGCUGGGUUCUGAACGUUUGAAAUAAAAAAAAGAGGGAAAAAAAUUAACAAAAAAGGAAAAAAAAGCCCUAAACAAAAAAGCAAAAAAAACCCCACAAAACCAUUUUUGGAUUUUUUUUUUUCCAUUUCUACCUUGUAUGCCUCAACUCGCUGGAUUUAAGCACUGCUGCACUUUAUGAGGUUAGUGAGAGAAGGAGCAAGAAAGGGAAGAACAGUUAAUGGAAGACAAGAAAAGGAAGAAAGAGGAUAAGAAAAAGAAGGACUGUGCUCAGAAGGUCACAGAUCAAAAAACCAAAGUGCCCGAAGUGACGAAACCAAGUUUAAGCCAACCAGUGGCUGCCAGCCCAAUUGGCAACUCUCCAUCGCCACCAGUCAAUGGUGGCAAUAAUGCCAAAAGGGUGGCAGUGCCGAACGGACAACCGCCAAGCGCAGCCCGCUACAUGCCUCGGGAGGUGCCGCCGCGAUUCCGUUGCCAGCAGGACCACAAAGUGUUACUGAAACGUGGGCAGCCUCCUCCACCAUCCUGCAUGCUCCUUGGGGGUGGAGCAGGGCCUCCCCCCACAGCAGCACCAGGAGCAAACCCAAACAACGCACAACCAGUGACAGGAGUACUGCUGCAGAGUGACAGUGGGACUGCAACCGAUUCAGCAAUUGGAGGUGCUGCUGCUUCAAAUUAUGCAAAUUCCACUUGGGGUUCUGGAGCAUCCUCCAACAGCAGCACCAACGCCAACCCAACUCACGUCUGGGACAAGGUGAUUGUAGACGGGUCUGAUAUGGAAGAGUGGCCUUGUAUUGCCAGCAAAGAUGCUGAGUCUUCUUCCGAAAACACCACCGAUAACAACAGUGCCUCAAACCCUGGCUUGGAGAAGAAUGCUCUGCCAGGAAGCACCACUAGUAACAAAGGAAAAGGAAGCCAGUGCCAGUCUGGAAGCGCUGGAAAUGAAUGUAAUCUUGGGGCCUGGAAAUCUGAUCCCAAGGCUAAGUCUGUUCAAUCUUCCAACCCUGCUGCCGAGAGUAACAAUGGACUAAGUAAUUGGAGGAACUCGAGUGGACAAGACAGAAUUAGUCCCGGUUCUGGCUUCAGCAACUUUAACCCAAAUAGCAACCCAUCUGCUUGGCCAGCACUGGUUCAAGAGGGCAAUUCUAGGAAAGGAACUCUGGAAUCUGAUAGUGGUAGCUCCAAUGCACAGAUUAGCACAGUAGGUCAGACCUCUAGGGAACAGCAGUCAAAGAUGGAAAAUGCGGGUGUUAACUUUGUCUCUGGCAGAGAACAGGCUCAAAUUCAUAACACUGAUGGACCAAAAAAUGGAAACACUAACUCCUUGAACUUAAGUUCACCAAACCCUAUGGAGAAUAAGGGAAUGCCCUUUGAAAUGGGCUUGGGGAACCCUUCCAGGAGCACUGACACCCCUUCUCAGAGCACUGGAGAAAGAAAGAUGGGGAGUGUUGGAUCUUGGGGUACAGCUAGGGGGUCUUCUGGAACUGACACAGUCUCUGGGCAGAGCAAUUCUGGAAACCAUGGGAACAAUGGAAAGGAUAGAGAGGACUCCUGGAAAGGACCUUCUGUUCAAAAACCUAAUCGGUCAAGAAGUGAUUCUUGGGAUAACAAUAACCAGUCUACGGGUGGUGGGUCUUGGAACUUUGGCCCUCAGCAUGCAAAUGAAAGCAAAUGGGGUGAAGGGAACAAAUUAACAUCUGGGGUCUCUCAGGGAGAAUGGAAACAGCUGUCUGGGUCUGAUGAACUGAAGAUUGGAGAGUGGAGUGGUCCAAACCAACCAAAUUCUAGCACUGGAGCAUGGGACAAUCAAAAAGGCCACCCUCUUCCUGAAAACCAAGGUAAUUCCCAGGCUCCCUGUUGGGGAAGAUCUUCCAGCUCUGCAGGAAGUGAGGUUGGAGGUCAAAGCACUGGAAGCAACCACAAAGCAGGAAGUAAUGACAGUCACAAUUCUGGACGCCGAUCAUACAGGCCUACACAUCCUGACUGUCAGGCAGUCCUGCAGACAUUGCUGAGCAGAACUGACCUGGACCCUCGAGUGCUUUCAAACACUGGCUGGGGCCAGACUCAAAUUAAGCAAGAUACUGUGUGGGAUAUUGAAGAGAUGCCACGGCCCGAGGGGAAGUCUGAUAAAGGAACUGAGGGGUGGGAGAGCUCUGCCACACAGACAAAGAACUCAGGGGGCUGGGGCGAUGUACCCAGCCAAAGCAAUCAAAACAAGUCUGGAUGGGGUGAGCUCUCAACUCCAACAGAGUGGAAGGACCCCAAAAAUACUGGAGGAUGGAAUGACUAUAAAAACUCCAAUUCUUCUAAUUGGGGAGGAGGAAGGCAAGAAGAAAAAUCAUCUUCUUGGAAUGACAACUGUAAUAAGGAUCAGGGAUGGGGUGGACGGCAAACUAAUCAAGGAUGGUCUUCUGGAAAGAACAGCUGGGGAGAGGAAGUAGACCAAACAAAAAACAGUAAUUGGGAAAGUGCAGGAAACAAGUCAGUGUCUGGUUGGGGUGAAGGUGGGCAAAAUGAGAUUGGAACUUGGGGUAAUGGUGCAAAUACAAGCUGUCCUUCAAAGGGUGGAUGGGACGAUUGUAAAAGGACUUCAGCAUGGAACGAGACGGGUCGACAGCCCAACUCCUGGAACAAGCAGCAACAACAGCACCAGCAGCAACAGCAGGAGUCUUCUGGUUCCUGGGGUCCACCAUCCCAAACUCCAAGUAAUGGGCGACCUGCAAACCCAAACUGGAACAGUGGACCACAGUCAGCUGCCCCCAAAGAGGAGGAGCCUAGUGGCUGGGAAGAACCUUCUCCACAGUCAAUCAGUCGAAAAAUGGAUAUUGAUGAUGGCACUUCAGCGUGGGGAGAUCCUAGCAGUUACAACUACAAGAAUGUGAAUCUGUGGGACAAGAAUUUACAGGGAGGUCAGGCCCCACGGGAGCAGAGCCUGCCUAAUCCAAUGACUAGCAAAUCACAAGCAUCAGUCUGGAGCAAAAGCACUCCACCUGCUCCAGAUAAUGGUACUUCCGCCUGGGGUGAGCCAAAUGAAACCAGUCCCGGGUGGGGUGAAGUAGAUGAUACAGGAGCAUCGACUACAGGCUGGGGCAAUGCACCUUCCAACGCCCCGAAUGCCAUGAAAUCUAGUUCUAAAUCUAUGCAAGAUGGCUGGGGAGAGAGUGAUGGGCCAGUGACAGGAACACGUCAUUCCAGCUGGGAAGAGGAGGAGGAGGGAGGAGUCUGGAACACAGCAGGCUCUCAGGGAAGCAGUUCCUCCCACAACUCAACAAGCUGGGGGCAAGGAGGAAAGAAAACACAAAUGAAGUGUGCAUUAAAAGGAGGAAAUAGUGAUUCUUGGAUGAACCCUUUAUCCAAACAGUUUUCAAAUAUGGGCUUGCUAAGUCAAACUGAUGACAUUCCAGGCAGUAAGAUGGACUUGUCUAUAGGUGGUCUCCCAGAUAAGAAGUUUGAGGUAGAUAAACGAGCCAUGAAUCUCGGGGAUUUUAAUGACAUGAUGAGAAAAGAUCGAUCGGGAUUCCGUCCACCUAAUUCCAAAGACAUGGGAACCACAGAUAGUGGGCCUUACUUUGAGAAGGGUGGCAAUCAUGGUUUGUUUGGAAACAGCACAGCACAAUCGAGGGGCAUGCACACACCAGUGCAGCCACUAAAUCCUUCCCCCAAUAUCCGGGCGCAAGUGCCUCCCCAAUUCCUUUCUCCCCAGGUUUCAGCCUCCAUGCUCAAACAGUUUCCCAACAGUGGCUUGAAUCCUGGUCUUUUCAAUAUGGGCCCCCAGCUUUCUCCACAACAGAUUGCCAUGCUGAGCCAGCUUCCACAGAUUCCCCAGUUUCAAUUAGCUUGUCAGCUCCUCCUUCAGCAGCAGCAGCAGCAACAGCUGUUACAGAGCCAGAGAAAGUUAUCUCAAGCUGUGCGACAACAGCAGGAGCAACAGAUUGCUCGUAUGGUGAGUGCCCUCCAGCAGCAGCAGCAGCAGAGGCAGCCUGGCAUGAAGCAUUCGCCAUCCCACCCUGUUGGGCCUAAGCCACAUUUAGACAGCAUGGUACCCAAUCCUUUGAAUGUGGGUCUCUCAGAUUUACAGAGCAAAGGGCAGAUACCUGGAUACAGCUCAGGUGGCUUUGGCUCAAGUGGCAUGGAUUAUGGCAUGGUGGGAGGGAAAGAGGCUGGAACAGAAUCCCGCUUUAAGCAGUGGACUAUGAUGGAAGGGCUGCCCUCUGUGGCUUCACAAGAUGCCAAUAUGCACAAAAAUGGUGCAAUAGUGCCCCCUGGAAAGGCUCGUGGAGGAUCACCCUACAACCAGUUUGACAUAAUCCAGGGUGACCCACUCAGCAGCCAUGCAGGCCCUGCUGGUGAUAGUUGGUUACCUGCCAAAUCUCCACCAACAAGCAAGAUCGGAAGUAAAUCCAGCAAUGCCAGCUGGCCUCCAGAGUUCCAACCAGGAGUGCCAUGGAAAGGUAUACAGAACAUUGACCCUGAAUCUGACCCCUAUGUGACCCCUGGAAGUGUACUGGGGGGGACAGCCACAUCUCCCAUUGUGGAUACUGACCACCAACUUCUGCGGGACAAUACCACAGGGUCUAAUUCUUCCCUCAACACCUCGCUGCCUUCACCUGGUGCCUGGCCCUACAGUGCCUCUGACAAUUCCUUCACCAACGUUCAUAGCACUUCAGCAAAAUUCAGUGAUUACAAAUCAACCUGGUCCCCAGAUCCCAUAGGACACAAUCCCACUCAUCUCUCCAACAAGAUGUGGAAAAAUCAUAUUUCCUCAAGGAACACUACAGGGCUGCCUCGCCCACCUCCUGGUCUGACCAACCCCAAACCAUCAUCUCCAUGGAACAACACAGCACCCCGAUCAGUCAGGGGCUGGGGAGCACAGGACUCAAGACUUGGUUCUGCAUCUACUUGGAGUGAUGGUGGCUCAGUUCGUCCUAGCUACUGGCUGGUUCUUCACAAUCUCACUCCACAGAUUGAUGGGUCAACCUUGAGGACGAUCUGCAUGCAGCAUGGCCCACUGCUGACAUUCCAUCUGAACCUGACCCAGGGCACUGCCCUCAUCCGAUACAACACCAAACAGGAGGCGGCCAAGGCCCAGACUGCACUGCACAUGUGUGUGUUGGGAAACACUACCAUCCUGGCUGAGUUUGCCACAGAUGAAGAGGUUAGUCGCUUUUUGGCACAAGCUCAGCCCCCUACACCUGCAGCAACUCCAAGUGCACCCGCAGCGGGCUGGCAAUCCCUGGACACAGGACAGAACCAGACAGAUCCAGUUGGACCUGCUUUGAAUCUCUUUGGUGGGUCAACAGGGCUUGGGCAGUGGAGCAGUGGCAGUGGCGGCAGCAGCAGUGGGGGUGAUCUCACUGGAGCUUCAUUGUGGGGGCCCCCAAACUAUUCUUCAAGCUUGUGGGGGGUCCCAAGCGUAGAGGAUCCACACAGAAUGGGCAGCCCUGCUCCCUUACUACCUGGAGACCUUCUGGGAGGAGGGUCGGAUUCAAUCUGAACUUAGAACUUUCAACUCUGACCUCGUGACCUUUUUUGGAACAGCAGCAGCACUAACUUGACCUUUUUCAUUUUUUUCAACUUGCAAUAAAUACAUUUAUAAAAGGAGAAAAGAAAAUGGAGAAAGAAAGAAAAAAAGGUGGGUCAUUGACAGACUGUCUGAGCACAUAGUUGCCUCCCUUAUAUAACUUCAGUUUUUUUGUUUGGAAUAUGAAUCCAAAAAGAGAACAUAUCACUCUUGAAAUACUUGAAUCGUGAACGCCAACUUAGAAAGACAAUGUGAAGCAAGUACACAUACCAUUUAAAUUUAAACAGAAAAAAUUAAAAAAAUUAGUUUCUAGUUUUUCACUUUUUCAUGUUAUACAGAAGUUGCUAAGAAACAUAUAUACUGAAAAAAUAGCUUUUUAACUUUGUUUGCACUGGGUGUGUUUCCGUCCUUAGGUCUACCAUGUUGGGUUGGGGUUGGGGAUGGGUUCGAAAGAAUAAGGGGAGGGAGGGGAAGACUUGACGGAGCCUCACUUUAAAAACAACAACAAAAAAAUAAAACUAGAAAAAAAAUUAAAAAUUAAAAACACACAAAAAAAACCAAAACAUAAAAAACAAACAAAACAAAAAACCAACACUUCGUGAUUGGCUGGUUGAUAAGUACCAGUGUGUUCUGGCACAUGUAACUGCCCACGUGUGCUUGUUUCUGUAUGAGUGUGUGAGCACAUGUUUUUGUGUGUGUGCAUUUUUUUCUUUAUAUAUAAUCUUGAAACGCUGCAUUGGUGGUCGUCUACAGGCUGGCUGGCCAUCUGCGUGUCUUGAUUCUGUAAGCAAGACAGGCAUGGCAGAGUCCCUGUGGCUGAAGUGGAAUCCAGUUGAGCCGGAUUAAAAUUUGUCAGUAAGGUUUUUUUAAAUUCAUUUUAGCAGGGUGCUGUCUCAAAUCUAGAGAUCACAUAGAGUGGAUAGUCACUUUCUAGCCCUUGUUCUAACCCUGUGGUAGAGCAGAACACUGCCGUAUCCAAAGGAUUUGGUGAGAAGGGAGACAAUGUUGUCUUUUGAGUAAGUGUCUUUAUUUAUGUCUGCGUGUGGAUUUUUUGUACUAAAUGAACCUUAGGUUGUUUGUUACAUAAUGCAAGCCAUUUAUUUCUUCCAACAAGGAGAAGAGAGGAGGAAAGAAUUGCCAUUUUUUGUGCAGCUGGACAAAUGUUCUUUUUCAGUCUCUUGCAAGUGUCAGUACCUUUUAAAAAAAGUGUUUAUUUUCUCCCCUAAACCUAAAUAAGCACCUAGAUAACUAGGUAACUAGAUCAGCACUCAUUCUAGAGGAAUCCAUCAAAAGCUUGAAAAUCCAGCCCAACCAAAUUAGCCUUUUAGUUGAUUUACUGCUUCCAUUAAAACUGACAAAAAACUAAAUGAUGUCAGCAAAGUACUGGCCAGCCUGCCUCAUCUCCUGAAAGCACAUGCAGCUAACUGCUUCCUGCGUCCUUCAUGGUGAGCGUUACCUGUGCCAGGCCUUGGUGUCAUUACAGCGCCAGACCAUCACUGACAGAAACGUUUACUUACGAAUGUUCUUAAAACAGUGUGUACUUCAAAGGUUUCCUUUUGUUUCUCUGUGUUGUGUUUUUUCCUGUGUAUGUGGUUUUGCUUAGGGAGGUAUAUAACUAGCAAAGACUUUUUUUUAAAGUAUUGCACCUUUUUGGUUUUUGUUUUUAUUUUUUUCUGUACUGUUGCUUUUUAAUUCCUGUAUUUAAGGAAAGGUUUGGGGUUUUUUUAGCAUCAGUGUAAUAGUAGUCUGGGCAGGAUAGGGGUGAUCUGUUAGCUACAGUGAUAGCCAGUGCUUGAGUGCAUGUGUGCGCUGGGAACAAAACUUUUAAGACCUGUUGUGAAGAGAGUCAUAGCCGACUUGAAGGAACAUCCCUUGAAAUGAAGCAGAAAGUCUUUUGUGGGGCUGGGGCCAGGGGAGGAGGGAAGAGAGAUGCUAGUACUUUUUACAUAAGUACUCGGACUUCCAUGUGGCAUUGUCCAGCUGUUAUACUGUCUAGCAAAGUGCCGCCCUUCUGUACCAGCACAUACCUGUCCAUUCCAGCCCUUAGAGAAAGCAGUGCUUUAUCACCUGGCAGAGGGGGGCAGAUAGGGGAGUCUGUUUCUUCAGUGUUUUCAUUGAAGGAUGUGACCACGUCUAAUGCAUUUAACUCAUGGGUUUGUUGGGCAGAAGCAAAAACAGAUGCAAGUCAUGGGGGGGAGUUUACUGCACGCGUGUGUAUGUGUGUAUGCUUGUGUGUUGGGGGUGGGAGGGAAGGGCUAGGGAAUUAUAUGGCUGGUUUAUUUAAUUUGCCUUUUCUAUGUAAACCCAAUGUCACAAGGAAGACUGACUGAGGGAAAUGCUGCAUAUACACAGGCCUGUAGAUUUGUAUGCAAAUAUUGUAGAAAAGUAUGACUAGGUCUGUAUUUGUUUAGUAAACUGGAGUGUGCAGCAUACUCUUGCCCCUUUGGAAAAUACUUUCCUAUCAUGGCUCCUCCAUCGAUCCCACCAUCCACAAAGAAACAAAAUGCUCUCUUUCAGCUCCUGCUAGCUGGCUAGUGCCCUUCGUGUGCAGGCAUCUGUGUAGCUUUGUUUCUGCUCAAAGACCAAGUGCACUUGGACAUGCAGAGCAGGUUCUUAAAAGUCCUGUGCCAGCAGUACUUCCUAGUGAAGCACCUUUGGCCUGAGCAAGCCAGUAUCUGUUCUGUCACAUGAUUUGCUAUACAUGCUGGUUCAUUGCUGUGUUCCACCCUCACUUCUCUCUCCCAGCCUACCCUAAGGUCCCUUUUCCUGCACUUUGGGCUAGUUGAGUUCACUGCGAUACUACGGUGAAAGCCGGGUGCUAAUGCCCCUCUUGUUUACAAGACAUAAUGAGGGAUUUGAAAUAUUUUAAAAGAAAAGCUAAAUUGUUCUUCCAUUGUAAGCUUAAAGGGAAAAAAUUAAAACGUACAAAAAAAUAAGACCAAAAAGUGCAUAUAUAUAUAUAUAUAUAUAUUUUAGAUGAAGACUAACUCUGGGAGCAUUUAACAGUGUUUUUGGUUUUAUUUUAACAUUUUAUUUUCCUGCUUUAAAUUUGCAAGCAUUCUCAGGAAUUCUAGGGUAGGAAGCCAAUUUUUGAAGAUGGUUUAUUUACCCUUAUCCUAGAUAGAUGGCUAUUUCUUGUUGAUAAACUUUUACAAGUUCCUGAAUCUUCAAAAUGUUUGAAAGUUUUUACUUUAAAAUAAAAAAAAAAUAAUGAAAAAAAAAUAAUUUAAAAAAAAAAAAAAAAAAAAGAGAAAGAAAAAAAUCUCCAAAUGUUACUGUCAAGCAAGGGAUCAAGAAUUUUCAAGACUUUGUAAAUUAAGAUGCAUUAAGAAAACUUGUCAAUAUCAGCAACAGGAAUUCAUUGCAAUGUUAAACAAUUUGUGGGAGAAGGGUUAUCAUUUAUUGUGCUUUGUUACUCAUGCAGAUGUGUGCAGUUGUAUGGAGAAGUGUGUGAAAGGAAACCUAGUAUUCCCUCUUGAUUUAAACUAAACAAAAAUAUUCUUCCAAGCACCUUUUUAAAAGCAGAGUGAAAGUAUAAAACUUGUUAAAAUACAGUAGAGUUUAACUGAACAAAUCCUCAGUUAGGAUGACUGGCAGGAAAUACAUGGUGGUGCUUCUUUGAACCACUUCUGAGCAGUGCUAAAGAAAACCAGUGUUGACAGAAUACUCAGUAAUGAAGUAAUUCUAUUAACCUGCCUUUUUCAGUACAGAAAAGAAAAAAAAAACUAUGGAAAAAUUCCACACAAAUGUACAUUGGGAAUCAACUUUCCUAUUUUCAACUACUUGGUCAGUUUAAUCCCCCACUUGGAGAUUUGCUGCUGUCUUUUCUUCAUCCACCCCACCUCUCGGCCUUUGUUUUAUUUUAUAUGAGGGAAAUAGCCGUUAAACUCUUCUGUUCACCCUGUUGUUGCUGGCUGUCAGGGCUUACAGUCUUGAACUUAAGCAUUUGGUGUUGGGAUGGCCAACUUCUGCCUCCCAGCUCUAGGAGUCAGGGGCUUACUCUGCCUGAAACAGCUCGGCUCAAACCACAAAAAUUGCGCUAGUGCCUUGUUACAUGCCACCCCAUGCCCUAUAGGAGGGAAGGGAAGACGAGGCAAAGUGAGGAAGUGUAGCCACUUCAUGGAAGUAGAUGUGCCCAUUCUUAGGGGAAGAAGAGCAUGCCGUGUGAGCAAGUCGUGCAAUGAGUUACUUAAUAGUAGUUGAGAUAAGUUGUUAUUAUCAGUAAAAGAAAUCAGAUGCCAAAUUCUGUCUUUCUCAUAGCAGUUGCCCAGUGUUUUCAUGUUGUUCUGUGUGUGCAUGUGAGUCUAUUGAAAAUAAUGCAUCAGUAGUAAUAAUAAUGUGCUUUAAAAAUCCUGUCAUGGGCCAGUAGAAGGAGGGUUUACUUAGAAAGUUUAGGAUUUUAUUUUAUUGGGUUUUUUUAUGAGAGAAAUGAAGUGCUUUGCCAGAAGCUGUGUUUUAUCAAAUUAGUAGUGUCCUAAGAGAGGAAACCAUAGCAUUUAGUCAAAAAAGCCGACAGACUUGACAUUCACUUGGAAGUGGAUUGUGACUGAGUGCUGAAGGGUUGGCAGUCUUAAAUUUCAGCAGUCUGCUGGGUCUAAACCUGUUGUAGUACAACAGUCUGCUCCUCGUUUCCUGAAUGUGCAUCCUGUAAGUGUUAGUGACUGUCUCCUCAGUGACAGUUUUCCUGCAUUGUCAAAAUAACAUUAAUCUAUUUUCCAGCUACAGUUGACAGAUCUGUAUGGCUUAGUCAUGGCACUCCCAACCACUGCAAGUGGUGUCUUAGAGUUGCGCUAACCAUACUCAACUGCUAGGGACACCCAUUGCUUAAUGUUGUAAGAAUUCUACCACUUGAGCUCCUAACAGUGAAAAGUCAGCAGAAAUUGAUGUUGGGGUAUUUCUGGGCUUUUACAAAACUGUUCCUGGGAGGAGUCAUUGGCGGCAUCUUGUUUAAACAUGUUGGUAAGGUAGGGCAAAGAGGCUGGGGAAAGGGCAGCUUGGAAAAGACUUGGGACGUCUCUUUCCAGAUAAAAAUCCAGCCACUUUGCUUACCCUGCCUUGCAGUGUCUUAUCAAGCUGAGAGUUUUUAAUCUGUUUGAUAAUUCUUUGCUCCAUUUGAGGAUUUUGUCUUAGCAGUGACAACAGAGUCUAGCAAGCAAAACAAAGGGCGAUACAGCUCAGAAACCUGUGUUUAGACAUCUGACAUUUACUUGGAAUACUUGCCAUCUUUUCCCAAUGUCUUUAUGUAUCUACCUGGACACUUGCCUAGCAGUCUUGAGAGUGGGGUUUUUGUUGGUUUCGGGUGUUUUUACAAUCACAGGGUGUCAGGUUUUCCUUUUUUGUUGUUGUUUAUUUUGGUUUUUUGUUUUUUUUUUUAACUGUGCUUCACAUUAAAUAGCUUUUGUAAUGAAUAAGAAUGUUAAGCCAAGCAUGUUUUUACUUCUGCAAUAUAAACAGGUUGAUUUCAAAAAACUGGGUGGGAUAACCACCUCAAAGAUUAAAUAACAAUUAAACAUUUACAUUAAAUUGGCCUCUUUUUCUUUCUUUACUGUGAAAUUUCUGAGCAUUUAUUCCUUAGAACUUUUGCCGUUUUUCUUCCUAAAAAUGCUGCCACAUCUUCCACUGUGUCCUAAUAGUGCAUCCAAACAGUACUGUAGUUUUUCGGGGGAAAUUUUGAUUAGAUUGAGUUUUUUGCUUCAUUCUUUAUUAUGUUUAACUCUUAAGUUUCCAAUUUUGUUUGUGCAUACUGUUUUCCUAUUGACUUUAAGAGGAGCACUGUUUGUGUAUCUGAGGUACUCAAAUUUGACCAAGCCUGGUCAAGAAGAUGAGCUGGAUCCAGGAUUAAGGUAGCAGAUGAGGACCUGUUGUGUUUCCAGUGUGUGUUGCAUAUAUCACCUUCACUUAAAUCAUGUGACCUUGAUAUCCAGGUUCUCAAGUGGAUUGCAAUGCAGGUUUUGUGGAGGCUGGUUUAUAUCUCAGGGUAAUAGUCCUGAUUGAGUAGAAGGUAGGGGUUUUUUUCUAAAGAUGUAAAAUUCCCUUAUUAGAAACAGCUUUCUUAAUUGUAAAUAUGCAUGCAUGCUUUGUGGGCAGGAAAGUAAUACCAAGACAACUACAUUAAAAUUAAUUUAAAAAAAAAACCUCAAAAAACAAAUGCUGUUGAAUUGCAGCUUUGGUCCUGAAUCUGAAGCAACAUAAGCAGAAUCUGUUGGUUUGUCCAAAUUUAUUUUACACACAAUAUCAUUUCAGUUCAGUAGUUUAUUUGCCACUGUUUUGCAGUUUUAGGAACUGAUACUGUUAGAUCAUAUUGUUCAUUCCCACUGUGAUCAAAAUACAGAUAUCUAAAACCCAAACUCUUUCUUCCCCUUUACCUCCAGUACUAGGCCUCCACCUGUGGCAGAAGGAUGUUAAAAGAAUUGGGGAGAAAUAUGUGAAGUUUCCCAGUGUAUGCAGAGCUGGUACUCCCUGUUGUCCUGAAUUCACAUCCAAAGCUAAACCCCAAAGCAACAGGCUGUAGCAGACCUGUUGGUUAGACUAAACAACAGGAGCCAAACUGGAGAUUUUUAGGAGCCUUGCUAGUCCAUGUCCUUCACAAUGUUUUGCAUAAGUGUCCCAUCACUGUAAAUACUAGUGUUGCUGAAUUUUACCAAAGUCCCCUUGCAGUAGAUAAUAGGAAACAGGUCCAUUUUGUAGUGACUCACCAAGCAGUUCUUUGCCUACAGUAGACUUUAAUGGACUGUCUACAUUGCUGUUAAAAUUGAGUCAGGGUCCCAUUUAAAAUUAUAGUGCUCUAUUUUGUGGUGUUACAUGACUUUAAACUUUGUGAUUUAGUAACUAUAGCUUCUGAUCCUUGUAUGAAAAGUAAUUUAAGGUUUCAUCUGUGCUAAAAAAGCACUAGAGCUCCUGGUGGGUUGGAGCCUACUUUUAAAACAGGGCACGAUAGAUGCAGUUUCAUCUUUAGCAUGCAGCAGACAACAUCUGAUUGCAUCCGCAGUUUGGCUGCACAUUGCUUUUCAUUGAGCUAUACAGGAAAGCUUUUCUCUAGAAGUCUCCCAGAGUCCUAGCAAGCUUCUAGCAAAUCAAGUACCCUCUGCAAAAGAGCCAUUUUUGCCCUGUAUGUGUGAUAGUUGGGACUGGUGACAUUCAGCAGUGUUAGGGUUCUUGUAAACUUUGUAGUGAGAAAGGGAGUUUUUUGACUUGACUCUGACAGCCUUUCUGUAAAGUAACACAGAGUAUUUCAGGGGGAAAGAAAAAGAACAAAAAAAGGGAAGAAUGCAUUGUGCCAGCCAGCAUUAAGUAUUUAAGUAUUUUAGCAGCAAACAUUCUUGACUGUAGUGGGCAGAGGGGACGAGACUGGAGAAUUUUGCAUGAGUGCGCAAUACAAAGAGGCUGUCUUAGCAAGAAAUGUUUCCAUGAGCACUAGAUGCCUCUUCUUGGCUAUUGGUGUGCGUUGUUACAUUCGCAGAACUAACUUCCUCCUUUUUUUUAUAUUUGUUUUUAUUAAUUGAGACAAAGUGGAAGCUCUUCCUGUUUCAGAUGAAACACAACCAACCAUAAAUUAUCGUUUUCUUCAUUGUUUACUGUUGAGCAGGUUGCACAGCUUGUUAGAAUAGCUAUUUUAGUGACAUGGUUAUGAUAUUAUGUGCUUUCUUUGCCCUCCCUCUCCCUGCCAGAUCUGGCUUACCCUUUCUAUAUAAGGCACUGUGUGGGUUUUUUUUGUUCUCUUUUGUUUUGGGGACAUGUGGAUAAGAAGCAAAAUGAAGUGAAAAUGCAAGCCAAGGUAGAACAGCCUUACUUUAGGGGGUAGCCUUACAACAGAGCUUUAUAGUGAGUGUGCUGUAUUCCAAAAUAUGUAAGCCAAAAACAAACAAAAAAUACCAUUCAUUUAUGCAAAAAAAAAAUUUAAAAGAGGUGUUGGAAGAUUUCUUUAAUAUGUACCUUCUAAAGGUGGAGUAAGGUCUCACCAAGUGAUAGGUUAUUGUGAUACUUCUUGCUGGGUCAGUAGGAAUGGGUUGGAGUAUAAGCGCUUAAUGUUUCUUCCUAUGUUUUUACAAGCAGUAAAUUAAAUGUGAUAUUUAUGAAUGUGCCUUUGUGAGUAUAGUGACUGUCUAAUUGAGGAGACUGCUUGGGCUGGAGAGGAGGCAGUGGUCUUUCAAGAGGUCAUACAUUGAGAUUGCAGCCCACUGGUCCCUUUUGACAAGCAGCAUCAUUGGCUGGUCUCUACACUGCACAAUACGUAUUCAUAUGUGGUAGAGAUGGGGGUAGGGGGUGCAAAGGGAUGUCAUGUGAUGCACAGAAGCUGUUGAUAGUUUUAGACUAGUCUGCCAUUGCAGGUUGAGUUUUUAUAUGUAUUAUGUGGCUUCUCUUUAUGUUUGUGUGCAUGAGUGUGAGUGCAUGUGGCUUUGGUUUUUUUAAGCACUGGAGAAUUGAAACACAGUGAUGUUUGAGACAAAUUUAUACAUGAAGAGGUGAUGAUGUUUUGUAGCUUCUGUUAAACAGUGGUUGCAGGCACACUUUUACCCUCUCUGCCCAUGUCCUCAUAAGCAAAACAGGAAUUUUUUUUUUCAACCCUUCAACUUCCAGCACAUUUAACUUUGCCAUUUAAAUGAACAGGGUAUUACACAAGAAGAAAAACAAAAAGAGUUUUUUGAAAUGGUGAGGUAGAAGUGUUUAAAAGGAAAAAAAUCUGAAGUAAUUUUUUUGUUUCUUCGAAGCUGUUUGUAGCUAAACAUGGGAAUCUGCAGUGUCUCCUUCCAUUUGUUUUUUUUUCCUAAUAAUUCACCUCUUCGUCUCAUACAAAACAUGAGGUGUACAAGAUCAAGAGCUGUUGUUGUAGCGCUUUGAAAUUCCCACCCUGAAAAGAAACUCCAGUGGGAUCCCUCAGCUCUAUUCAGGAAGACAAAGAGAGGAGAGACUCUGCAGUUUUCUUAGCUUCGCUCUCAUUCCUCUCUAAUGGCCUUGAAAUGUAUUAUUAUGCAAAUGUGAAUUUUGUUACUGAACUUAAGAAGAGGUUGUUUGUUCUUUUUUCAAAAAAAAAAGGUCCCAUAUGUGGUCAGCAUUGCUUCUUUAUUUUGUAAGUGAAUUGUAAACUAUGCAUUCUGCAGAGGAGGUGUAGGGGACAGAGAUACUUUGCUAAACUGUUCAGGAGUUUCUGUGUCCAUGGCAUAUCCAUUAUAGUUUGGGGAAGUGGGGAAGUGACAACUUUGAAUUAAGAAGGAAUUGAUAAGAAUCUUUCUUUUGUCAGAAGCUGGCCAACUGGGCAGAGAUUUGAAUAACCAAUGUUGGCUGCAAAACAAAAUCAGAUCUGAGCUUUGCACAGGGCUAUGAAUUCAGCCACACAGAUUUAACCCGGGCCCAAAAGGGUGAAUGGGACACCAUGUCCACCUGGGGAAUAUAUACCACUUCCUGUGCUCUGGCCCUUGUUAAGCUCAGGAAAAAUCCACUGCCACAGGCACUGGCUUUUUUGGAUUUACUACUCCAUUUCAGCAGCCGUUGUGCUCUUCCAGGAGAAUUGGAACAUGGCUGGUCCUUGAUGUUCAAACUUCCUUAUCCUUAACAUUUUCUUUGCUGCUGUUUCUGGUACUGUUCAUACAGUGACAGAGCAGCUGUGGGCAGGAUGGUGGCGAUGGUACUUACUUUUUGUUGCUGAUCAAAGCCCAGCUAUGAGGACUGUUUUUUCAACAUCAGCAGCUACCGGUGUUUUGUUGUCUGGUGUUGCUGCCAGUGACUUAGCAACUAAUGUUGACAGUAUGUGAAAUUUUAGGGAAAGUAGACUGAUAGUAGACCAGAUCCUUGCUAUUUAAAAAGAACUGUCCUAUUUUUAUUAUAAGGUGGUAUCGUAAUGAUCAUUAAAAAGGAUUUACUUGUUCACAUCUCCAAAAUGCAAUCAUUGUGAAUUACGUGCAUUCCUUGAAGCAUGCUGAGCUUCCAGGAAGAGUCUUCUCAGAAAAAAUGUAGACUUCACUGCUCUCUCCAUCAUUAUAAUAGAGACCUUUUGACUUGACUUUUUCCUUUGUCCAUGGUGAACCAUGGUACUGGCAUUAUCUUAGGUUUAAUAUCAUAAACGGAGAGAUUAUCCUGCCUGUAUUCAGUGUUUUCAUGCAGCAAUUUUAUUUUUGUUGAACACUCACAGUACUGUAAUAAGUAGUAGACUUGAUGAUCACGGUCGCAUCUGUGCCUGCCUUGCAGAUGUGAUGUUAUCAGGGUUCCACUCUGUCAGAAUGCCUUUAAAAAAAAAAAAAAGAAAGAAAAAUCAGAAGCUUAAACUCAUUCACAAAAAUACCUCGUGGUACAUUUCCCCUUCUGAUGUAACUUUUUAAGUCUUAGUUUUUCUUCUAAACUUGAUGGGCUUUUAUUUCCAUCUGUUAUCUCCUUUGUAAAAAUAUAUUUGAACUAGUGAUUUUGAGCACAGGUCGGGAAGCUUGAAACUCCUGAAUUUUAACACUGGCCAUUACUCUUCCCUUGCCGUGGGCAAGUCAUUUAACUGCUUUGCCUUUGUUUUUUCACCUGUAAAGAGGGAUUGUUAAUAAUACUUACCUACCUCACAGGGGUUUUGUGAGGAUCAACUAGUAAUGUUUGUCAAGUGCUUAAAAGAAAAAAGCGAGAUAGAAGUAUGAGUUUUUCACAGCAAAAUCGCUGGUUCUUUUUACAUUGUUUGCUUGUGUGGAGGGAGAUAACCCUUUAAUUAUUGAAGCCAUCAGACAUUGAGAUCCUAAAUAAUAGAAGUUGAUAUUCAUUUAUUCAUACUCCUCAGUCUUUAUGCCUGUUUCAAUCUUCUUCUUUAUAUAGUUAUGCCAGUGUUGCUACAUGUCACGUAUCUCCAAUACUUUUAGAUAAGCUUCAAAACUGAAGUACUUGGAGCUUGCUGCUUCUUUCACCAGACCACCUAAUCAGACUAAGUUUGUGUACUUCUUCCUGCCAUUAAGUGGCAGUUUUGGUAAUAUCAUCUUUCAAGUAGACAGAUCCUUUCCUGCCAUCAGGAAGGGGAGGUGGUGGUGUGUAGUUCCAGAGAGGGAGAUGAAGAACCUGGCCACUUUAUGCUGCUGCUCCAGGGAUAAAGGGCAGAAUAGCUUCCUGUGUCCUUCCCUGAGUUGAUUUCCAUGUGUCACCAGUCACACUGCAAAUGCAGUAUCUCUUGUCCACAAUAUACAGAAGCCAUCACCUGCCAACAGAAGGUAGGAACAGAGAGAAUUAUAUUAGAUGCUGCUUGUGUAUAUGCCUUACAGCUCUCCCAGAAUGUCUCUGGGAGGGUGGUCGGGGACGAGGUCUUCAUUGGGCAAAUCCCACAGCUGUCAGGGAACCUCUCCUACUUUCUGCCCUCUCAAUCACUUGGACGCUGUUUCUUCUUUCUUGGUGUGUGUCUCAGGGAUGUGCACAUGAGCCCAUGCUUCUUGGAAUUUGGUGUUUGAAAUGCCAAGAACAUGGUUUCUGUACCUGAAAUCUUUGUCUGACACUCCCUGGUCCUCCCUGUCCUGCAUUGUUCCCUGUGGCCUUAGGAACAUCUCUCCACUGUUGCUCUACGCCACCCUCUCCAUCUGUGCCAGUGAUCAAGUUGAAGUGUAUGUAGUGAUUCUGCAGAGAAAGAAGCUGAAGUGAUGCAAAUGCACCUGUGGGAUUUACACACAGAGGUAUCUUGGUUUUCUGCCGCAUCUGCUCUAAAGCCUGCAGAACAUCUGAUGCACAAUGCUUUUCUUUCUCAUCUAGAAAGCAGAACAAACAGCAGUAUAACUCUGAUGAUGGUAAUUCUGUAACGUUUACUUCUAACUUAAUGCUAAGUAUUUCCCUUAAAGAACCAAAAAAAAAAUCCGACCUUCUAACAAAAGUAACCAAAUGUAAUCUUCCUGGUGCGGGAGAGGAAAGGGGAAGGGGAAAAGCAGUGAUGGGGAGUGUUCUGAUCUAUUUUCAUCUCCACUGCUCGGCUGGAGGUGUGAAAUGCUGCUCUGAGUUCCACAAACAUAAGGGAUUAUGUUUACAAAGGUAAAUGCCUUCUGCCUGUUCAGGAAACUGGCUACUGGUGGGCAUCGAGUUUCGCAAGUUUCUCUUCAUUGCAAACAAGCAAUGGGAGAAGGGUUUGUCUGGAAGAGGAAUGGAGAAACAGAUCCAUUUCAUCUACUCUUCUUGGUAAAAUAAUGCCUCCUUCUCUCCUUAUGGAAUGGAGGGAUGAGGUGUCUGAAUAGAAAAUCAUUGAUGUCCAAUAUGGCUGGAUUAGAAAAGGCAGCUUUUCUACUUUGCACAUAAAUAGGUAACAGGAAGGUACAGCUUGAGUCCUCUUACCUGAAACACUGUCCCCCAGAAGCAGACAUUGUAAUCAUAAAAAUAGUGGCUGUGUGUAUGUUGAUGCUAUUUGCAAGUUACCUGUAAGUGUUUAUUUUUUUUCUUAUACUUGAAAUGGCUUCCUUACUAAACUCUUACCGUAGUUCUGGUUUCUCCCCUCCUGUAGUGUGCAGUAAAGAAAAUUGCAGGAGAAACGGGGAGAAUGUAGAAGAGAUGACACAAUGUCUUGCAUAUCCAUGUUUCAUCUUAAUUUCCAUCCUAUUCUCAGAAAUGUUUGAACUUCCUAAGGGUUUUCCAUGGACACAGAAACUCAGCACUUUAGAACGUGCUCUUGUAAGGCUGGCUGCCCCUUUUCCUCCUUUUCUGUAUUUUUAUUUUACUUUUAGUAUAGUGGUACUUAAGAUCACUGGUUCACUUAGAAAGAAAAAAGAAAAAAAACCCAAUAAGAUGUUUAAACUCUACUAAUGUACAAAUAAGCUGAAAUGUUGCAUUUUAUGUGUAUUUUUGCCAUAGCAGGUACUGUAUUUCUCAUGCUGGAUUUAGAAAAAAAAAAGGAAAAAAAAAAAGAAAAAAAACCACAAAAGGGUGAUGUUUUAUUGGAGUGUGACAAGUUAAGAGUAAUAAGAAAUUAAGUCGUCGUCAUUUCAUUGAAACUGAGAGAUGGUGUAAUACUUAUAUAAGUUUUCUGAAGGUUUUGGGGGGGCUUUUAAGCAGGGUUUUUUUGUUGUUGUUUUUUCGGGUUUGGGGUUUUUUGGUUCUUUUGGGUUUUGUUUUGUUUUUUAUUGUUUGUUUUGGGGGUUUGGUUGGUUUUGUUUUGUUUUUUUAAAGAUAUGAUUGUAUUAUGUGCAACUCAGUUGCUUACAUUAUAACUACAAACUAUUUUUGGGUUCCUGGAAGAAAAAAAAAUACUAAUAAAUGUGUUUGGCUGCUAA